GGCGGAGUCAAAUUUUAAAGCUGCUUGUCUUAGAGUAGCUGCUACAUCGAACCCGCGAAUACGUCUUAACCCCUUCAAAUCUAGUUUUUUUUUUUUUUGUCGCCCCCGCCCCACAUAAUAACUACGUUGAGGAUUCUGUGAGCACUGUACUGUACGAUUUCAUUUUAAUUUAUUUGACGCGACAAGGAGUUCCAACUCUCAUUGACACUGGAAAAGAAUUCCGCCGAAUAGUGAAGACCAACUCGAAAACGACCGGUUUUGGUUUCAGUGUAUAAGUGGGGCUAAAGGCUCCACGCUGUCGAGUCAGGAUGAAAAGGUUCAGACGACAUGGCCACGAGUCCCAGAGAGAUAGACUCAAACAGGACCUUUUCCAGUUCAACAAGACGGUGGAGCAUGGCUUCCCACACCAACCGAGUGCCCUCGGCUACAGUCCCUCUCUGCAGCUGCUGGCAAUUGGUACCCGUUCUGGAGCAAUAAAAUUAUAUGGAGCCCCAGGGGUGGAGUUCAUGGGUCUCCAUGAUGAGAAUGCCGCAGUCACACAAAUCCAUUUCCUACCCCGCCAGGUUGAGCUGGUGACUCUACUUGAUGACAACAGUUUGCACAUGUGGACUUUGAGAGCCCACACAGGACUUUCAGAGCUUCUAGAGAUAGGACGCUUCACUCUUACUGGUCCACCAGGUGCCCCUCCAAGUGUGACCAGGGUGACGGCAGUCUUGGCCCACUCUUCUGGGGAUCUGUUGCUGCUGGGAUCGGAAGGGGGGCAUGUCUUUAUUGUUCAGGUCCCUGGCUUCAGAGAGCUCGAGGAAAGGAACAUCAGCCUUGCUUCAGUUGCCAACAGUGUACCAGAUGACUGCAUGGGGCAUAGAAGUUUAGAACAUGUUGAAGCCUUACAGGAGAACCCAGUCAACCCUAAUCACAUUGCUAUUGGUUAUGGACGAGGUCUAAUUGUCAUUUGGGAUCUUGAAAAACGUCAUGCCAUCCAACACUUCCCAGCAACUCAGCAAUUGGAGAGCUUAUGGUGGACAGAGGACAGAGGAUACAUUCUUAGUUCUCACAGUGAUGGGAGCUAUUGUCGUUGGAAGUUUGGUGAGGAAGAUGAAAACGAGAUUGAGAAAUCAGACAUUCCUUAUGGACAUUUCCCUUGCAAAGCGAUUUCCAAAAUAGUUCAGCUGCAUACAAAAGAGGGGACACCAUUCCUCCUCUUCAGUGGUGGCAUGCCAAGAGCAAGUUUUGGAGACAGACACUGUAUCACUGUAAUCCAUAAUAAAACACAUAUCGCCUUGGACUUCACCUCCCGGAUCAUUGACUUCUUUGUCAUCAAAGACGUCAGUGGAGAUCCCAGUGCUUUAGUGGUCUUAGUUGAAGAGGAGUUGGUCGUGAUUGACCUGGAGGCGCAGGGGUGGCCGGUGAUUCAGACACCUUACCUGUUUCCGCUGCACAGUUCGGCAAUCACCUGCUCACACCAUGUCGCUGCUGUCCCUGUUAAACUGUGGGAGAGAGUUCUUGCUGCCGGAGAACUACAAAAGACAAAUUACUCCAAAAAGCCAUGGCCCAUAACUGGAGGGCAGAAUUUGGCACCGGAUCCUCCCCAGAGAGAUCUUUUGCUCACAGGGCAUGAAGAUGGAACUGUGCGCUUCUGGGAUGCUUCUGGAGUCUGUCUGUAUCCGAUGUACACAUUGACCACUGCAGGAGUCUUCCACACAGACACUGACCCUAAUGACAACAUGCAUCAAGGUGCUGAAGGAGAGUGGCCACCUUUCAGAAAGGUUGGCUGCUUUGACCCCUAUAGUGAUGAUCCAAGGCUUGGCAUUCAGAAGAUUCUGCUUUGUAAAUAUAGUGGUUAUCUUACUGUUGCGGGAACAGCUGGACAGAUUCUGGUGCUGGAGAUCAAUGAUGAAGCAGCAGAACAGAUUGUAGAAGCAAAAGUUGUUGAUUUGCUGCAAGGCCAAGAAGGAUUCCGUUGGAAGGGGCAUACACGUCUAGAUGUUCGAGAAGAGCCGGUACUUUUUGAGGCAGGCUUCCAGCCCUUCACUCUGGUGCAAUGUCAGCCUCCUGCCGUCGUCACAGCUCUUUGUCUUCACUCGGAGUGGAAGCUGGUUGCUUACGGCACCAGCCAUGGCUUUGGAUUAUUUGAUUACCAACAAAGAAAUAAUGUCUUCAUUAAAUGUACUCUGAACCCAAGUGACCAGCUUGCCAUGGAGGGUCCUCUUUCCAGGGUGAAAAGCAUUAAAAAAUCACUCCGCCAGUCUUUUAGAAGAAUAAGACACAGUCGAGUCUCACUACGGAAACAUCACAUCACCAACACUGCCAAGCUCCAGGAAGCGAAUGCUCGAUUGGAGGCCGAACUGGCUGAGAUGGAGUUGGCACCUGUUCAAAGGAAGAUUGAAGCUCGUUCUUCAGAUGACUCUUUCACUGGUCUUGUGCGGAUACUUUACUUUGCUGAUACCUUCCUCUCAGACAGUUCACAUAAUACUCCUUCCCUUUGGGCAGGGACCAAUGGUGGCUGUGUAUAUGUAUUCAUACUCCGUUUUCCUUCUGUCGAGCAUAGGAUAGAUGAGCCUAUUACUGCACACCCUGCAAAGGAAAUCCAGCUCAUGCACCGUGCCCCUGUUGUUGGCCUUGUCGUAUUGGAUGGUCACGGUGUACCUCUUCCUGAGCCACUGGAAGUAGCUCAUGACCUUGCGCGUUCGCCUGAUAUGCAUGGGUCCCAUCACCUUGUUGUUAUAUCUGAGGAACAGUUCAAGGUGUUCGCCCUUCCGAAGGUGAAUGCAAAGACCAAGCUGAAGCUAACAGCUAUGGAUGGCUCUAGAGUACGGCGAGUCAGCGUGGCCUGGUUUGGCAGCAGUCGAUCGGAGGAUUAUAGCGAGAGCGACUUGGUGGUUCUGACGAAUCAAGGUGACCUGCAUGUCAUAUCGCUACCCGGAGUGAAGCUGCAGGUGCGCUACCCGUGUAUCCGCAAAGAAGAUGUAAGCGGCAUUGCUUCGUGUGUCUUCACAAAACAUGGGCAAGGCUUCUACUUGAUCUCUCCAUCUGAGUUUGAACGCUUCUCGCUGUCCAGCCGCUUCCUCGUAGAGCCUUGCUCUCUGGUGGUGCUUCCAGAUCCCUCAAUUCAAAGCACGUCAAUGCCAGAUGGAUCUUUAACACCGCUAAGACAAGCCAGCAAAGAAGUUGGGGAUUCAGACAAUUCAGCUCGACGUGUUAUGGAGCAUGCUUUGCUGAACGAUGAGAAAGUGCUGCAGGAGAUCCAGAAGUCACUAGAAGGGGACCAACUUUAGAUGAUCGCACAGUCUACCAAGAAAAAUCCUGGAACACCCGUCACUACAUUUGCCGCUUGUGACUGAUCCACCUCAAAGAUUCUUAUGUCCUUUCUUAAUGUUAUACCCAUAUUUUCUGAAGUAAAAUGUGAGGUAAAAGUUUAACAGAGGCCUUACUUAAAGGUGCUAUGAAAUGGUGACUGUGUCAAAAAUGAACAUGACUCCACUGUGAAUGUAGACAUUUGGCACUGAAAUCUUUUUUUUUUUUAAACAAUUCAUUCUGGAUGUGACAUCUAUUUGAAUAUGUUCUUUUUUAACUGGGCGGGGCCAGGGCAGCUGAGAAAGGAAGACUAAUUAGGCUUUACUAUGCCUUUUCUGUCACUUUUUUGGGUGGAUCGUUGUCCUGCUAUCCUUUUAAAUUCACUUUCAUAGCACCAUUGAGUCAAACUGUGGUUGAUGGUCAUAAACACACCAACAGCCAUUUCAGUCAAUGCAAUUGUAUUGUUUUGUUGAUGCAAUUCAAGUGCUGGAAACUUAUAUUUCCAAGUUCACAUAUGUGCCUUGAAAGUCAUAUACAGUGGUACCUCGACAUACGAAAUGAAUUAGUUCCAGAGUUGCUGUCGUAUCAUGAUUUGUUUGUAUCUUGAGCCACAUUUUACAUGUAAAUCGCCUAAUUUGUUCCAACCACUACUUGGAUGCCCCACUAGAUUUUAUAAUAGGAAUAUACAGUGCUGCUCGAAAGUUUGUGAACCCCACAGCGAUGGUCAGAUUUUUUGUAAAAAAAAAACUAAAAUAACCUUAUUAAAUGUUAAGUUAUACCCAAAUCCACAAUACUGACAUUCCAAAUAAUGGACUGAAACAAAAGAAAUAGUUAUAUUGUCAUUCUUUAUUUAACAAAAGUGGUUGAUUUAAGAAAAACUCAGAUAUCAUGUGUGCAAAAGUAUGUGAACCCCUUCAGUUAAUAGGAUAUUGCGCCUCCUUUUGCAGAGAUUACCUCAACCAAACGGUUUCUGUAGUGACUAAUCAGCCUCUCACAUCUACUUUGGGGGAUUUUUGCCCAUUCUUCCUUGCAGAACGCAGUCAGUUGAGAGAGGUUUGAUGGGCGUCUGGCAUGAACUGCUCGCUUCAGGUCCCGCCACAGCAUUUCAAUGGGAUUUAGGUCAGGACUUUGACUGGGCCAGUCCAGAACACGAAUCUUCUUCUUUUUCAGCCAUUCCUUGGUUGUAUUGCUGGAAUGCUUUGGAUCAUUAUCAUGUUGCAUGAUCCACCUUCUGCCAAGCUUUAACUUCAAAACAGAUGGCGUCAGGUUAUGUUCUAGGAUUUGACAAUAUUCCUCAGAAUUCAUGAUUCCCUGGACUAUGUGGAGUUGUCCAGGUCCUGAGGAUGAAAAGCAAGCCCAGAUCUUGACAUUCCCACCUCCAUGCUUCACUGUUGGGAGAAGGUUCUUUUGGUGGUAUGCAGUGUUGACUUUUCGCCAGACAUGGCGGUUUUGGUUGUGACCAAACAGUUCAAUUUUGCACCUACAUCAGUUGAUGAAGACUCUUUUUAAUUUAGUCUCGACAACACAACUGUUAAAAAAACAAAAAAAAACUACUGAAUUGAUUGAUUAGGAAAUCAGGUUGAAAUAAUAGAAAAUUCCAAAAUGUUGAGGGGGUUCACAAACUUUUGAGCAGCACUGUAUAUACAUAUGGCAGAAAACACUCAGGUGACUUGAAGUUCCGCUCUGAGACCCCCAAAACAGGAGGGCAUUAAAAAAAAAAAAAGUUUUUAAAAAAGCUAUCUGGAGGUGAGAGCACGCGAGAGCAGAAUUGCAGACGCCAUGACUUUAACGAGAUAUUAUCGUGUACCUACCUUGUUUCGAUCCAAAAACUCCAAGUAGUAUGUAUCACCGAGUGUCAAGACACAGCUGUGGAUGGCCACAGCCGGGUUUUGGGGGGAUUUUAUGGGUGAAACAUGGUAAUGUAACAAGGGUCGCGAUGCAGAAAUCGCAGACAUCAAGUAGUGGUCGAGAUUGUCUUUUUCUUUUUUUAUACCCUUUCAAACAUUUUUUUUUCUUAAAUUUUUCUUUGUUUGGAUCGAUUAUUUAUCAUCUAACAUAUCAGAGAAAAUGCGAAAGUAACAAAAAAAAAAUACAAUUAAGCGAUAGAUAUUAGGUAAAUAUCCGUGACUUUUUUACAGACGCCAUUUUUUUCAUUGUGACGUCAUUUGUUUAAAAGUUUAAAAUAUGAGGGCGAAUAAUUUUUUAACGUCUUUUUUUUUUUUUUUUUUUAAACUAAAUAUUAGACAUCAAUUAAUGAUUUCUAAGCUAAAAAUGACAGACACGUUGAAUAAUAAAUAUAAUUUAUUACCUUCGUUUUAUGGCUGGCUUGAAACAAAAGCGGUUGCGCGACGUCUGUAAACGGGGGUUUCCAGGGUAAAACGGACAAAUUAAAAAUAGUCCGGGGGCUUAAUGCGCCAUGAAUCUGCCAGGGCAGCAUAUAGACGUAUUGUUCUAUCAAACACAACAGUUCUUUUGGCUUAAAAUACAGCAGUGUCUGUGAAAGAGGAGUGCAAGAGCAGAAACUGCUUUUUCAGUCUUGUGUUUUCCGCCAUAUAGAUAUACACAUACAUAUAUAUAUAUUAGGGCUGUCAAAAUUAUCGCGUUAACGGGCGUUAAUUUAUUUUUUAAAUUAAUCACGUUAAAAUAUUUGACGCAAUUAACGCACCCGCUGGCAUAUUGCCUCAAACAUUACAAUGAGGCCGUUUAUGGACAUUAAGAGUGAAGGGAAUGCCACCGGCCGCUUGGGGGCAGCGCCGUUCCAUACUCAUGUUAUGUCUUCUAAACGUGGGAGAAUUAGUAGUUGUGAGACGUUCAUGCUGUAUUCACAAUGCAAUGCAAAUUGCUAUUUGUGCUCCACACAUAUUUCGGUAAGUUUUCUUUCUUUUAGUGGCAAUUAUGUGUCUCUUAUUUUAUUUUGGGUAAGAUAUGUCCAGAUACAGUGGGGAGAACAAGUAUUUGAUAC